AUGGUUAUGUUGAAAAUCUCCGCGUUGUUCGUCGCCUACGCCCUGGUCAUCUGCCAGAUGUACUGCUCGCAAGCUGCCCCCGCCAGACCGGAGUUUCAGUCCAUGUCGGAGCGGGUAACGCUGACGGACUACGAGGCACGGCGGCUACUAAACGCCAUCGUCAAGGAGUUUGUGCAGAUGACGGCUGAGGAGAUGGAGCAGCAGCAGCAGCAGGCGGCUGAGGGCAACAGCGUUACAGCACAGAAGCGAGCCUGCAACACGGCCACGUGCGUCACCCACCGCCUGGCCGACUUCCUCAGCCGGUCGGGAGGGAUGGGCAACAGCAACUUUGUGCCCACCAACGUCGGCGCCAAAGCCUUCGGCCGGCGGAGGAGAAGCGUUGCCAUGUAA